AAGAACCCAUUAUAUGAGAAAUACUUCAAGGAGCGUCUCGGAGAUGUCAAUUACUCCUGACUAACCAAUCCACUAUUUUGAAAUAAAGCUGAAAUUCAUUAAUGUAAAAGCCCCAAUCCUCACAUUCUUCAAAAUCCGAAGGUCGUCUACCCAUCGUUUGUUGAUUUUAUGAUUGAAUUCCAUGAGAGUUCUAGCAAAUUUCUGUAACAUCAAUUUCUUCGUGAAGCAGCAGAAUCAGUUUCGAGUUCGAGUUGGAUUGAGCAACUCGCAUAAUUUCGCAACCUCCUCAACCCAUUAGCCAUGGCCUCCAGAGUUAGUUUUGAUAUUUCUUUGUUCAUUGACGAAACGGGUGCUGGCAAGAACGACUUCAUCAAACCAAGCAGAAUCUGCAUUUAGUUUCCAGCUGCAAAUGAUAAAUGGCGAAGAAGGCGAAUUCUGUUUUCCUCGAAGAAUGGUUGAGGAGCGUCAGUGGUACAAGCAGUUCUCUUAACUCCAAAAGCACUUCCCCAUCUGCUCGAGAAAUUAUCCAAGCAUGGGCUGCGCUUAGAAGCUCUUUGGAGAAUCAAUCGUUUGAUGAUCGCCACAUUCAAUCUCUGAAAACUCUCGUUAACUCACAAUCGUCACUAUAUGUUGCUGACCCUCAAGCUAAGAUUGUCAUUUCCAUACUUUCUUCUCCGAAUUUUUCUCUUCCUGAUGAAUCGUAUCCUCUCUUUCUGAGGAUUCUUUAUAUCUGGGUCAGAAAAUCUCUUCGGCCUUCUUUAAUUCUUAUUGAUUCAUCUGUUGAGGUGCUCUCGCAGAUUUUCUCUUCCAGAAUUGAAUUGAGGAAGAGCCCUUCCUUCUUAUCGGAAGGGAUUUUAGUUUUGGGUGCUUUUUCGUUCCUGUUUUCAGCUUCGGAGAACUCCAAAUUAUUCUGUUUGGAGUUGCUUUGCAGCCUCUUUGAACAAGAGUACCUGUUAAUUGGAUCAGUGGGAGGAAUCAUUCCUGAAGUUCUGGCAGGGAUUGGGUAUGCUUUAUCUUCAUCAGUGAAUGCUCAUAUUGUUAGGCUGUUAGAUUCUUUGUUAGGAAUUUGGGGCAAGGUAGGCGGUCCUUCUGGUUCUGUUUCUAGUGGGCUAAUGAUUCUGCACUUGAAUGAAUGGGUGACCUCUGGUCUGAUUAGUCUUCAUUCUUUUGAGAAAUUAGAUGUUUUUAGUCGAGCUACUUUAGAGUCUUCAAAGGAAAGCUAUGCUUCAUUUGCUGUUGUCAUGGCUGCAGCUGGAAUAUUGAGGGCCUUCAAUACUUACAAAGCCUUGUUGAGUAGUUCAGAAAGAGAAACAAUAUCUAGAAUAAGGAUUUUGGCUCAAGAUUGCUUAGAAUCUAUAGCAAGAAAUUUUAUUUCUUUUACGGAAGGGUUUUUAAUUACAGGUAAUGACCAAAGGAGCCUGCUUCUGUUGUGUAUUUCAUUGGCACUAGCACGUUGUGGCCCACUGUCAUCUCGCUCACCCCUGCUCAUUUGCGUUGUUUAUGCUUUGUUGACUGAAAUAUUUCCUUUGCGGCGUUUGUAUGCCAAGAUUCUGGAAGUCUCUUUUGGCGAAUCUACUGCGUUGGGGCUUACUCUAGUGAAAGAGCAUCUCGAUAGUAUUCCUUUUAAGGAAUCAGGGGCCGUUGCUGGUGUUCUUUGUAGCCAGUAUGCUUCAAUUGACGAAGAGAACAAAACUUUUGUAGAAAAUCUUGUAUGGGAUUACUGUCAGGAUGUGUACUCAAGGCAUCGACAAGUUGGUUUGGUGCUUUGUGGCAGAGAGGAUGAGUUACUCGAGAAUAUAGAGAAAAUUGCAGAGUCUGCCUUCCUCAUGGUUGUAGUUUUUGCAUUAGCAGUCACAAAAGAAAAAUUAGAUCCCAAAUAUACACUGGAAACUCAGUUUGAUAUAUCAGUAAGAAUUCUCGAUUCCUUCUCUUGUAUGGAAUACUUUCGGCGUAUUCGCUUGCCAGAAUAUAUGGAUGCUAUACGAGGGGUUGUUGCAAGCAUUCAGGAGAAUGAAUCUGCAUGUGUCUCUUUCAUUGAAUCAAUGCCCACUUACCAAGAUCAAACGAAUGGGCCAGAUAACUCUACUGGGCGGAAAAUAAAAUACAUAUGGACAGAGGAUGAGGUGCAAACUGCACGUAUGUUGUUUUAUUUACGAGUCAUUCCAACUUGCAUUGAGCGUGUUCCUACCCAAGUGUUUAGAAAGGUGGUAGUGCCUACAAUGUUCUUAUACAUGGGACACCCAAAUGGAAAAGUAGCCCAAGCCUCACACUCGGUGUUUAUAGCUUUCAUAUCAGGGAAGGAUGAUGAUGAAGAUGAAAAGAGGGUGAUAUUAAAGGAGGAGCUUGUUUUCUACUACCUUGAGAGAUCUUUAUCAGGAUAUCCUGGCAUUACACCAUUUGAGGGUAUGGCUUCAGGAGUUGCAGCUUUGGUGCGAUAUCUUCCUGCAGGAAGUCCUGCCAUUUUUUAUUGUAUCAACAGUCUUAUUGAAAAAGCUACUAAGCUUUGCAGUGAAAACUUCAUGAGUGAUGCUGAUUUGUGGAAGACAUGGCAAGGAGACUUGGAGCCUUCCAAGAAAAUUUUAGAUAUGCUUCUACGGCUCAUCUCCCUUGUUGAUAUACAGGUCCUACCAAGCUUGAUGAAGAAUUUAGCACAACUGAUCAUUGAGUUACCAACAGAGGGCCAAAACAUGGUUCUCGAUCAGUUAUACUCCCUGGUUUCAGAAGCUGAUGAUGUCACGCGUAAACCAUUGUUAGUCUCAUGGCUACAAUCAUUAUCUUAUCUUUGUUCCCAGUCUAAGAGUGCAGAUGCACGCUCCAAUGAGAAGCAAAGUAAACAGCUUUUGAAGCUUGCAUGGAUUGUUGACCCAUUGAACCGUAUUCGAUCCUAUGCACGACUUUGAGGUCUUGUUACCCGAACUUGCAUGCCCCGAGAACAACAUGUUCACAAUAUAAUGCCAACAGCAGUUCUCUUGUAGUCACGAGCCUCCCGUCCCAAGUUUAUCCGAGGAUUGCUCUCCAUUUUGGUUGGACUGCAAAGUGAAAAGGAAAGAAAUUUUGAUGUACAUCCCUACUCUUUGCCUUUCAGUAGAGUUGUGCCAAUUAUUUUGGUUACCUUACAAAGAGAAUGGUUAAAGAAACUCGGCGCCAUAAAAGGAUGGCCAACAGAUGAUAAGAUAUACAACUCAACUCGAACAUAAUUAGUCUGAUAUAGCAGACUCUUCUUUUAGGUAUUCGAAGCAGCCACAAAUAUGAGAACGGAUGCAUAAACUUUCUCGUGUCGAGGGAGUAGCAACUAAUCUUUUGUUGCCUCAUAUAUUCAAAAAUCUCUCUGAAGUAGAAUGGAAAGUUUGUGAACAGUAUCACCAACCUCUCUUUUUUACCACUGGUAGAAGAAUAAGAGCAUGUACUAUAUGUAAUAUAAUGUUAUGAUUUUCUUUUUUCUUUAUGUUUAUGUUAAUUUGUAUUGGAAAUAUCCUUCAUCAUUAUAUUAUACUUUUUUUAAAAUCAA